AUGGCUGGGCUAAUUGCAUCUGGAAUCGUCAAGUGGACUGCAAGCAAGCUUUCUUCUCUAGUUUCUGCACCAGUUGGGACAUCACCCUCCGACCCCGAUGAAGGGCAAUCUGCUUUUGAGGACCUACGGGAGCUGCGAAGGUCAAUGAUAAUGAUCCAGCGGACACUCGAUGAAUCAGCUGAGGGCAGCAUCAGAGGUGAAGCAGAGAGGCUGCGCCUACGCGAGCUGCAGCAGUUUGUCUUUGAUGCCCAGGAUGCUGUUGACCAGUACAAAUAUGAGCUGCUGCGGCGAAGGAUGGAAGAUCAAGACAGGCAAGGUGAUGGAAGCAACAGAAGUAGUCGCAAACGCAAGGGCGAAAAGAAGGAACCAGAAGCAGACCCUAUUCCAGUUCCUGUUCCUGAUGAGUUAGCAACAAGGGUUAAAAAGAUUCUAGAGAGGUUCAAUGAAAUAACAAGGGCAUGGAAUGACCUCCAGAUGGAUGAGAGUGAUGCACCCAUGCUGGAAGAAGACAAUGAAUUGUUCCCUCUGCCGACCAACCCACAUGUAGAUGAACUAAACAUCGUUGGCAGAGAAGAAGACAAGGAAAGCGUCAUCAAAAUGUUAACAGCAGGUGUCAAUGCUGAUGCAGGGACGCUUUCCGUCCUCCCUGUUAUUGGUAUGGGAGGAGUAGGCAAGACAACACUUGCUCAACUAGUGUACAAUGAUAGAAGGAUCUCUAAAUACUUCGACAUCAAGGGCUGGGUACAUGUAUCUCCUGAGUUUAGUGUCAAGAACUUGGCAAGUAAGAUCCUCAUGUCAUUUUCAAGAAGACAAUGUGAGGCAAUGGAAAUGGAUGAUCUCCAAGAUGCACUGAUGGAGCAAGUUGAGGGAAUGAAAUUCUUGCUUGUUCUUGAUGAUGUGUGGAAUGAGGACAGGGACCUUUGGAACACUUUACUGUCUCCUAUGCUAAGUGCUCAACUGGGAAUGAUCCUACUAACCACCCGUAACGAAUCUGUUUCGAGAGCUUUCCAAACCAUGCCUCCCUACAAUAUAAGCUUCUUAUCAGUUGAUAAAUCAUGGAUCUUGUUUAAGCAGCUGGCCUUUGCCAUCAAUGUUCAAGAUACCCAUGGUGACUUUGAAGAAACUGGCAAGAAGAUUGUGGAAAAGUGUGGAGGGUUGCCAUUGGCAAUAAAAGCAAUUGCAAGUGCUCUUCGCUUUGAGCCUACCGUGGAGAGAUGGAAGGAGGUACUGAAUAGUGAACAGUGGGAGUUACCAGGAAAUGAAGACCAUGUCCUGCCAGCUCUGAGGUUGAGCUAUGAUCGGAUGCCGAAGCACCUUAGACGGUGUUUCAUUUUCCUCACCUUGCUUCCAAGAAGAUACCUUUUCUUGAAAGAUAAUGUCAUAAAUCUUUGGAUGUCACUGGAUAUCCUCAAACAAGGUGGUCGCAGACGGCUUGAAAAUAUUGGCAGCUUAUACUUUGAUGACCUGAUGCAAAGAACUAUGAUACAGCAGACCAAAUCUGAUGAUGAAUUGGACUGCUUCAUGGUGCAUGAUCUUGUCCAUGACCUGCUACAGUUCGUUGCAGGUGAAGAUUUCCUAAGAAUAAACAUCCAGCAUUUCCAUGAAGUAGACCAAGGUUAUCGGUAUCUAUCUUUAGUUGUUAGUUCUUCUGAUAUAAAUGUAAUGUUGCAAUCUGCUAAGAUUCCAGAAGGCCUCAGAGUACUUCAAGUUGUCAACUCAACAGACAAUUCACAUUGCUAUUCCAAGCUGUUCUCCUUUAAUAUCAAUGUGAUAAUUCCUGACCCACUAUGGCAAAGUUUCCAGCAACUGCGAGUUUUAGAUUUCAGUCACACUGGACUGAAGACCUUGCCAGAUUCAAUUGGAGACUUGAAACUUUUAAGAUACCUUUCUCUAUUCAAGACAGAAGUUACAAGUAUUCCUGAUUCUAUUGAAAAUCUGCACAAUCUUAAGGUCUUGGAUGCAAGAACCUACAGCCUAACUGAGAUUCCCCAAGGAAUCAAGAAAUUAGUCAGUCUCCGCCAUUUCCAAUUAGAGAAACGGUCCCCGUUAUGCAUGCCAAGUGGGGUUGGACAACUGAAGAAAUUGCAGUCCUUGUCAAGGUUCAGCAUUGGAAGUGGGAGCUGGCAUUGCAACAUUGCGGAGCUACAUGGCCUUGUCAACAUACGUCCAGAGCUGUCUAUUACUGGAUUAAGGAGAGUAAGCAGUGUAGAUGAUGCGCAAACUGCUAAUCUGCUCCUUGAGCUCUCUGUGCAAUGGAUGAGAGGCGUUCGGCACAUUUCAAAGGAAUUCUGUGGGCAAGGUGAUACAAAAGGCUUCCCUUCAUUGAAGGAUCUAGAGUUUGAGAACAUGCCAGCUUGGGUGGAAUGGUCUGGAGUAGAUGAUGGGGACUUCUAUUGCCUCCACGAACUCAGAAUCAAGGAAUGCUUUGAGUUGAGGUAUCUUCCACGUCCAUUGUCUGCAUCCUUGUCAAAAUUAGUGAUCAAGAACUGCGAUAAGUUAGUCAGGCUGCCACAUCUUCCAAACCUUUCUAGUUUGGUCUUAAAGGGAAAACUUAACGAAGAGUUGUUUUCUGACCUGGACUUGCCAUUGCUGCGAGCAUUGAAGGUGUCUCUUUCUCACAACAUAGAGUGCGUCGUUCUUAGCCAGAACCUGCCACUGCUAGAGCUCCUUGCGGUUCGUGCAUGCCAUAAGUUGCAGGAACUAGUGGGCCUUAGCAACUUGCAAUCUCUCAAGCUGCUAAACAUAAUAGCGUGCCGAAAACUGCAUCUCCCUUUUGACCAGCCUCUUCCCCAACAGCUUGAGCGGCUUACAAUCUUGAAAUGUCCGCAGCUACAUGACUGGUUGGAGUUCCAAAAUGCGCAACUCUAUGAUCAGCUACUGUCUGACCAUGAAAGCGAUGAAGACCGAGAAGCUCUUGAAAUGCUGUGGGAUGACACAGAAGAUGAAGUUGAAGAAGAGUUCUUAGAUAUAUCCGAGAAUGAUGAUGAUGCUGAAUCAGACUUCGGGCCAUCAGGUUUCAGUGUUGACGACGAUGACCAGGAGGAUUAG